AUGCUCAACUGGGUUCUCACUGAGUUCAUCAGUAGCGACUCAUUAUUCAUUGUAACGUUCAUAGUGUUCGGCAUUCUAACACUCUACCUCCAAGCAGCCACUAUUAAUGGUUGUAUCACCUUCGGUACACGAUUCCUGUUCAUAGUCCCGGUCCAUCCACUCCGCAAGGGUGAUACUCCUUCGAACUCCCUCUUAUUCAACGCUUCCCUCAUACUCUUGUCGACCGCUGCGACUGUUCACUUUGCGACUAUCGCUCUCGCCGACUAUACUAAGUAA